UUUUGCACAACACACACACAACGCACGCACGGGCACACGCAGCUGCGCGCAGCCCUCGCUCGGGCUCUUCCCGUCGGCCCGGCGGCUCCAGAUGGCCCCCCGCAGAAAGGAGAGGGGAUGAAUCCGGAGCGGCAGAGGCGCCGAAAGCAGAACGGAGGGCGAUCGUGCAAAUAGAGAGGAGCGAAAACCGAGAGGGAGGGAAGGCAGGCAGGAAGGCAGGCAGGAGGGUCGCGAUCCGAGCGCAGGAGCAGCAGCGGCAUGGCACCGCAAUGCCGCGGAGAGCAUUUCUAGGCGCCCCUUGGAGAUGCCUCCGCUGCCUCCUCCUCCUCGGGUGCAGAGGGAAAGCCUUUGAGCGCGCCGGGGGCUCCCUCUCCCGGCCCCGCAAGCGGCCAGGGGCGAGACGCCUCGGACAGCGAGGGCGAUCGAGAAAAGCACACGCACCGACUCGCCCGCCCGCGGCCAAAAGGGACCGGGCGCCGGGAGCAUCUUCGCCGGGGAUGCCAAGGGCCGGUUCCAGAGGCCUAACCCCAGGACAGAGCAGCCCCAUCCAAACACCAUGGCGACCACCUCACCAGCAGCUGCCAUGGUGACGGCCACUGUGGUGACCACCGCAGCCGCCAUGGACCUGCGUGACUGGCUUUUCCUCUGCUACGGCUUGGUGGCCUUCCUGAGCGAGGUGAUUGACAGCACCACCUGCCCGUCAGUUUGCCGCUGUGACAAUGGGUUCAUCUAUUGCAAUGACCGGGGCCUGACUUCCAUCCCAGCCGACAUCCCGGACGAUGCCACCACCCUCUACCUGCAGAACAAUCAGAUCAAUAAUGCUGGCAUCCCCUCCAGCCUGAAGAAGAAGCUCAACGUUCAGGUCAUCUACCUCUAUGAAAAUGACCUAGAUGAAUUCCCCAUCAAUCUGCCCCGUUCACUGAAGGAGCUUCAUCUCCAGGACAACAACGUCCGUACCAUCGCUCGUGACUCCCUAGCCCGCAUUCCUUUGCUGGAGAAGCUGCACCUGGACGACAACUCUGUCUCCACCGUCAGCAUCGAAGACGAUGCCUUUGCGGACAGCACGCGCCUCAAGCUGCUUUUUCUGUCUCGCAACCACCUCAGCAGCAUCCCCUCUGGCCUGCCUCGCACCCUGGAGGAACUCAGGCUGGACGACAAUCGCAUCUCCACCAUCCCGCUCCACGCCUUCAAGGGGCUGAACAGCCUUCGACGCCUCGUGCUAGACGGCAACCUCUUGGCCAACCAACGCAUUGCUGACGACACCUUCAGCCGCCUGCAGAACCUCAGCGAGCUCUCGCUGGUGCGCAAUUCCCUGGCAGCGCCGCCCCUCAACCUGCCCAGUGCUCACCUCCAAAAACUGUACCUCCAGGACAAUGCCAUCAGCCACAUCCCCUAUAACACCCUUUCCAAGAUGAGAGAGUUAGAGAAGCUCGACCUGUCCAACAACAACCUGACCACCUUGCCCAAGGGUCUCUUUGAUGACCUCGACAGCCUUUCUCAGCUCCUCCUGCGGAACAACCCUUGGUACUGUGGCUGUAACCUCAUGUGGUUGAGGGACUGGGUCAAGGCCCGGGCUUCGGUGGUGAAUGUGAGGGGGCUGAUGUGCCAAGGGCCUGAUAAGGUCAGAGGGAUGGCAAUCAAGGAUAUAACCAACGAGAUGGACGAGUGUUUUGAGGUGGGCCCACAGAGCAAUUCAGGGGUGGCCGUGGUGGCCAAGACAACCGCCAGCAACGCUGCUGUCACAACCCCGCAGGGCUCCCUCUUCACCCUCAAAGCCAAAAGGCCAGGCAUCCAACUGCCGGAUUCCAACAUUGACUACCCCAUGGCCACCGGGGCGGGAGCCAAAGCCCUGGUGCUCAACGUCAAGCCCCUGACUGCCGACAGCAUCCGCAUCAGCUGGAAGGCAAUGUUCCCAGCAGCCUCCUUUCGCCUCAGUUGGCUGCGCCUGGGCCACAGCCCAGCUGUAGGCUCCAUCACAGAGACCUUGGUGCAGGGUGACAAGACAGAGUACUUGUUGACUGCCCUAGAGCCCAAGUCGACCUACAUCAUCUGCAUGGUGACCAUGGAGACAGGCAGCACCUACGUGCCCGAUGACACCCCGGUGUGCGCCAAGGCUGAGACAGCAGACAUGUACAGCCCCACCACUACCCUCAAUCAUGAGCAGAACAUGGACCCGUUGGCCGGGGUGCCCUUAGCAGGGAUCAUUGGUGGGGCCGUGGCCUUGGUCUUCCUCUUCUUGGUCUUGGCCGCCAUUUGCUGGUAUGUUCACCGGACAGGAGACCUGCUCACCCGAGAACGAGGCAGCCGGAAAAAAGACGAUUAUGUGGAGUCAGGCACCAAAAAGGAUAAUUCCAUCCUGGAAAUCAGAGGCCCUGGCUUGCAGAUGCUGCCCAUCAACCCUCACCGGGCAAAGGAGGAAUAUGUCAUCCACACCAUAUUCCCUUCCAAUGGAACCAGUCUUUACAAAAGCACCCACACCAUCGGCUAUGGCACGACACGUGGGUACAGAGACGGGGGAAUCCCAGACAUAGACUAUUCUUAUUCAUGAUGCAAAAUUCCCCCUCCUCCCACAUAUAUCCCCUCGUUCCCACCUCAACUUUCCCCUGUUUUUACUCCCUCCCUACCAUUGCACCCCCAGGGUUUUUUGCGAAGAUGGAACAAAGGAAAAAAAACAACAACUGCAAGACAAGAACUGUUUUCCAAGCAGAACCAGGUGGAACAAAUGGGAGGGGAGGGGAAGGAAAUUUUUUUCAAAAAAACAAAAAAGCCAACAUCCCACAAACCUAUUUUGUAGGGGAAAAAAUAAGACAACCCCCCCGAGGUUUUGUUUUUUAAAAAAGUAGACAUGAAGGAGGGGAAAGACAUAAUUUAUAUUUAAUAUACCAGAUUGAAACAAAAUCCAGCUCAGACCAUCAAGGAUAUCUGGGAGGUUGUCAUCCCCCUCCCUGAGGGUGGAGGGAUGGUAAGGGCAAGACCUGGGGCAGGGGAAGAGAAAAUGAAAAACAAAAAUGCUACCUGUUUAUCUUUCUUCCUGUAUAAAUCUUCUAUUUUGUUCAGGGGUAGAUUAUAAAAAAACAAACAAAAAGAUGAAAAAAGUUUUUGCUGGCAGUUACACUGUUUACUAUAUUGUGCAGGUGGGGAGGACUUGUGUGAAGCUACGACCAGGUUUUUCUUUCGUGUCCCAUAACCCUGCUUUCCUUACAGGUUCUGAGUUUAAUUGGGCAAAGUUGAACAACAAAUAACCACGGGGAGGGCAUUGCAUUUAAAAAAAACAACAGAUCUGAAACAAGAUCAUAACCACCGUCCUGCAUACUUGACUCAGUUUCCCUCAGCCCCUUUCUCCUUCUUCAGCUCCCUACAUCGACCAGCUUUGUUUUUCUGCUCAACGCAGACGGAUCAUAAGAAUCGCCCUUCAGUUACGUCCUCUUCCUCAUGCAACUGAGCCGUGGGACGAUCAUGCAACAUUUUUCUCCUCAUAGGAACAGUUCAAUAUGUAGCUCUUUCCUUCUUAGCAAAAACAAAACACCCAAGAUCCCAGAAACUGACAGAGAGACAGAACAGGCGAGCGUCUUCCAACUAGCAAGAGGGUCCUUCCAAGGUGGGAGUUUCUGGAAUCCCAAAUGAAUCUCAGGUUCCCAUGGGUUAUGAAUGGUUUCGAAAUGCUAACGGAGAGAAGAAAGAUCUUUUCACAUCAACUCAAAGACAACCCACGGAUGACCCAAGAUGAGUAAGAGGUCUGUUUGAGCUACACUUUUUCAGCCUUUUCUCCCAGGAUUGUUUGUGGUGCCAGAGAAAGGAGCACACCUUUGGGGGUCACAUCCAGGAAAGGUCCUGAUCACAGAGUCUCUAAGGCUUGAAACCUAGCAAACCAGAAAGGAAGAAAAAGAAAUGUCAGUGUCCAUGUGCGGGUGACCCACCAAGUGUCUCAUAACCACUUGCGCUUCUUCCUGUUUCCAGGGAAGAAGCAAAAGCAGGUGGUUUGCUGAGAUCCUGAAGUGGGGCUGCGACACAUGGGUGGUGGCAUUUAUUCAUUGCGGGGAUCAAAAAACAUAUAUCAGGGCUUCCUGCAAGGUUUAAUUUUUCUCCUGAGCAAAUUUAAGAGACUCAAAUUGCGGAUACGGCAAGAAAAAUUAAGAUUUCUUCUCUACCAAGAGGCUUGAAGGCAAAUAGCAUAUAAACACAUCUCCACAUAUGGGGAAAGCCAUUCUGUAAUGGAGAUGUUGUAACUGAAAUGAAGAUGCCGAGGGCCACACUGGAUUGGUUCGAAGCUGAGAGUGAAUGACAAGGAGAGUUCAGUCAGCCUUUGCAUGCCCGUGGCUUGUUCUCACCUGUUGGAGUCAAGACAGCAGGGUGACUUAUUUGUUGGCUUCAAUUGUGCUUGUUGGAUCUUUUUUUUUCUCCCUGGUGGUUCAACUUCUGUGUGAUGGGCCAUGUAGAAAGUGGCAACAUGAAGCAUACUUUGCUUACACAGGGCUAUUGGUUUUGAUCACCAGCACAGUCAACAGCUC